CUUCACAUCGAAAGUCCAUUUAAAUUUUCUCAAGCGAAGACAACAUUGCACUCUCCUGAUUCGUUCAAAGACAUUUUAACGGCAAAACUGUCAACGACGAAAAAUUGUUAAAUAUUCCCGAAUCCCACAAUUUACAAACAUGAUACGACGUACAGGGGACAAGGGACAAAAGGAAAAUCAAACUACGGUGACCAGGAAUGCGAAACUAUCUACCCCGGCAGCUUCAAGGACUGUAAAAAAUGACAUUAACACAAAGGGUUCGGUGACGACUGAAAAGGCCAAGCGAAAUGUUCUCGUUAAUCAAAGUACUUACGUAAAGAAGGCUGAGGUAUUGAAACCAGAAAAAACAGAAGCAGCGGUCGUAUCGUCAUCUACUAGUGAUACAAAGCAAGUGGUCGAACGUCCAGCAGAUAGUUCGUCCGGGGAACCAGCAUCAUCUCGUUGGUCGUUGAGUAGUUUUGAUAUUGGCACUCCACUCGGUAGGGGCAAAUUUGGAAAUGUGUACUUAGCUCGCGAGAAAACGACCCGUUACGUCGUCGCACUGAAAGUAAUGUUCAAGAAACAAAUCGUUCAGAAUUCCGUUGAACAUCAGGUUCGACGUGAAAUAGAAAUUCAAAGUCACUUAAGACAUCCGAAUAUUUUGCGGCUGUACGGUUACUUCCAUGACGACACUAGAAUUUAUUUGAUUUUGGAGUACGCACCGAACGGUACGCUUUACAAGGAGCUACAGACUCAUCCGGAUAAACGGCUAGACGAAAAAACCACAGCCUCGUACAUUUCGUCAUUGGCAUCGGCACUCAUUUACUUACAUCAAAAACACAUUAUCCACAGGGACAUCAAACCUGAAAAUCUACUCUUGGGCGCGAACAAAGAACUGAAAAUCGCCGAUUUCGGAUGGUCCGUUCACGAGCCCACAUCGUAUCGAACAACACUAUGUGGUACCAUGGACUAUCUGCCACCGGAAAUGGUUCGCGGCAAGCCACAUUCGAAGCAAGUGGAUCUAUGGAGUCUAGGAGUCUUAUGUUACGAGCUGCUCGUCGGUAAGGCUCCGUUCUUUUCGAAUUCCGCACAUCAUGACACAUACCGUAGCAUUGUGGACGGGAAAUAUGUGAUUCCAUCGUUUGUUUCGGCACCGGCACGCCAUUUGAUCAGCAAAUUGAUGGUCGUUGAGCCGGACCGACGAUUGCCGUUGGAUGAGGUGAUGAAACAUCCAUGGAUUAUAAAACAAACGAAGUAAGACUGAUAACGGUUCGAUGUCUCGAGGUCAUUGAUGUAUUUGUUUCUCGUUUUUUUUCUCGUCUUUUUUCUUUAUUUAAUAUUUUAAUAUUAACGUUUCGUCUUAUGUGAACGGAUAACUAACUAAAAUCGCUUGUUACGGACAUCAAUUUUUAAUAUUUUCAAACGAAACGAGCUCAUUAAUUGCUCUAUUCUAUAGGUACUCGACUUAAUUACACUAACGCACGUCCUUUACGUAUAUUAUGUUUGGAAGAGGUAGAUCAAUACGAAUAGAAUUCUAAAAAUCAUUAUAUAAGGUUACUCCAGCCAUAGCGUAUAUAUUGUAAAGAUUGUGCCGUAAUAAAUGUUUUUUUUAAUCAAAUUUAAA